AUGGACAACACGUUGGUUUUCAGUUCUUUCGCCACGCUGAAUACCGUAAGAAUACCUGAAGUGAGUUACGAGACGUUACUGAUGGCCUUUAGACAGCAAAGUACUUAAAUUCAGAUUUCAGGAAAAGAUUGGAUAUGGAAGUUGCAGGAACGUAGAUGAGUUUGAAAAGGUCGAUCUAUGCGGAGAAGGAUCAUAUGGGAUUGUAUGGAAAGGAAGGGAAAUCAAAACAGGAAAGGAGGUAAGAAUACUUCAUGCUGACAUUGGAAAACAAAAAGGGCAUUCUACAUUUGUUUUGCAGAUGAAGAAUCUUCCAUUUAUGUGUGGUUUCAUGUUUGCACGUGGUUAUUUUUCAAUUGAAUGUCGGAUAGUAACAACUGUACCUAAAAUCUUUUUGUAAUUACCCGCCGUAUAAAUAAUUAUAUAUUGUUUCAGUUUGCUCUGAAGAAAUUACGAUUAAGUCCGAACGAGGAGGUUAACAUAUCGGUGAUCAGAGAGAUAUUCGCUUUGAAAUCGGUCAAACAUGAUAACAUUGUCAAGCUAUUUGAUGUGGCUGUGGGGAAAAGAAGUCGGAAAAUAUUCUUGGUAAUGGAAUACUGUGACAUGGUAGGCCUAUGAUUUUACUAGUCUUGAUUGUGUACUUGCAGGACUUGGCAUUUAUGUUGAACAAGAUGAGUUUUCCAUUCACCGAAUCUCAGACGAAAUGUCUUCUUCUUCAAUUAUUUGAGGCCUUGGAAUAUCUUCAUGCCAAUCAUUUCAUUCACAGAGAUAUUAAGGUGUGUUUUGAUGGGUUAAUUUUUAUUUUUAGUUGUCUAACAUUCUCAUAACUGGCCAAGGGAUCCUGAAGGUAGCUGACUUUGGUUUGGCCCGUCUUUUCGGCGACCCACCUGUUGCCAUGACUAACCAAGUUGUAACUCUGUGGUAUCGAGCCCCUGAAUUGCUUCUGAACAGUGAGUUCCAUAGCACAGGCGUUGACAUGUGGGCAUGUGGCUGUAUAAUGGCGGAACUUCUUUUGCACAAACCGUUCCUUCCUGGAGAAUCCGAGAUCGAACAGGUGAGUUGUUACCUGUUGUUUUAAUUUUUUAGAUAACUAAAAUCAUUGCUAUGUUCGGCACUCCCAAUGAGCAAAUAUGGCCUGGUAUGAGCAGGCUAAAACUCCCGCAGGGCUUCAAAUUUGUUGAGCAGCCGUAUAACAAUCUCAAGAGACAUUUUGGAACUUACGGAGAUCAAUGCCUUGAUCUUUUAUAUAAAUUGUUUGCCUAUGAUCCCAAGAAACGAGCAACCGCUGCAGAAUGUAUUUUGCACAACUACUUUGACACUUCACCGUUGCCUUGUAGUCCAGAAUUAAUGCCGACUUUGAGAAGUCUUUUGAAAGGGCGGAGAACUCGAUGA